AUGUCCAAGGUUUCAGAGGAAAGAGAAUUAAUAAAAAAAUAUUUUUAUAGUAACGAACUAUCAGAUUUAGAAAUGAAAAAAGGAUUAAAUGAUCAAUUCUCUUACAUUAAUACUUUUUUAAAGUAUAGACAUAAAUCAGAAGAAUCUCAAAUCAAAAGAAAAAUCAAAAAUUUAUCUACCAUCAAUAUUUUGUAUUCUGUUUAUAUUUCAUAUAAAAAUAUCGAUAAAUCUUUUAUUAAAAAGCUUGAAAAAAUACGAAAUGAAUUAUCAACAAGAAGUGAUUUAUUUGAAGCAGUGAUAGAUUUUUUAGAAAAUAAUGAAAUAAUUUACGACGAUUUAUAUUUUUGGCAUCCUGGGUUAAAAUACAGUGAUGUUUUUUCUUUAAUUUACGAUUUAAUACCAAAUAUUGUAGAGGAAUAUAAAAUUUAUUUAGUUAAUAACUUAAUUUUAGGUUUAGAGCCCAAAACACGCAUUUUAGAAGUUUUUAAAAAUAGACUUAACAAGUCUUUAGAUGAUUUUGAUAUCAUAAAUAAAGACCUGGUGCUGUUUAAAGUGUUUCAAGAUUUAUAUUCAAAUCAUGAGAAUGAAGAUUUUGCUUUAGGAAUUAAGCGUAAAGAAAUUGCUACAAGAAAAUCUAUUAGAAGACCGCACAAAAAUUUAACCUUUAAUGUAUUGAAAUUCUAUAAAAUAGUAACAGCCUACUUUUGGAAAGAAAAUGAUUUAGAAGAAGAAAAUUGUGAAGAAGUGCUGAACAUGAUAGGUGGUGUAGAUUUAAAAAGAGACUAUAAUAAAGACAUAGAAUUAGUCUUAUAUCCUUCUCUUUCUUUGAUAGAAAUAGAAAUUAAAGGGAAAAAAAUAAAUGUUAAAAUGGCGGUGUUAAAUGAUUUAAUCGUUCAAAAUAACAGAUCUAAAAACUUUUGGAUGCUAAAUGGAGUUAUAAAUGAAAACUGGGAGUUUUUGUAA